UGCUCACGUGACCUCGGCCCAGUGGGUUGAAGAUGGCGUCGCCCGGGAGCUCUGAGCCCGGCUGGGGCCCUGCCCGCUACUGCCUGGUGAGCCGCAUCCCGGCCGAGCUCCGCUCCGCCCAGCUCCGCUCCUACUUCAGCCAGUUCGCCGAGGCCGGCGGCUUCCUCUGCUUCCACUACCGGCACCGGCCCGAGCGCAGCGACCCCCCGGGCCCGGCCACUUGCUGCUGCCUGGUCGCGGUGCGGCCCGGCCAGGCCCGGCGGCUGCUCCGCAUGUACUCGGGCAAGCGCUGGCUGGAUGCCCAGGGCGACGGGCUGCCCGGCCGCUGUGUGAUCCGCAGGGUCCGAGUCUCCCCGGACGCAGGUUUGGGCGUGUUCCCAUAUAAAAAUAAAAAGGAGCUUCAUAAUAAGACCCAGAGUGAAAUGUUUACCCAGGCAGACUUAAAGUGGCUGCCUGAACUGAAUCCUCCUGUGUUUAUGCCCCAUGGGAAUGUGGGAACCCCUCUGAGAGUCUUUCUGGAGCUGAUCAAGGCCUGCAGGCUGCCUCCCCGAGUUAUUAAGAAACUGCAGCUACGAUUCCCCAAGACAGGAUCCUCUCGCAGGUAUGGGAAUGUGCCCUUUAAAUAUCGGGACACUGAGACUGUUGAACAAGAAGACCUGGUUUAUACAGACAUGGGGGAGGAGAUCACAAUGGAAAAGGGACCCCUGGCAAGAACUGGGAUGACUCAAACUAGUGAUGAGGAAGACUGGGAAGGACCAGGAAAGGAGGAAGCAGAAGAGUCUCAUUCAGAUGAUGAUGAUGAUAGGUGUGAGGAGUGGGAACGACAUGAGGCUCUGCAUGAGGAUGUAACCAAUCAGGAACGCACAGAGGAGCGACUGUUUGAAGAGGAGAUUGAGCUGAAGUGGGAGAAGGGAGGCUCUGGGCUGGUCUUCUACACAGAUGCUCAGUACUGGCAGGAAGAGCAAGGAGACUUUGACGAACAGACUGCAGAUGACUGGGAUGUGGACAUGAGUAUCUACUACGACAAAGAUGGAGGUGAUAAAGAUGCCCGUGAUGCAAUACAGAUGCGCUUGGAACAGAGACUCCGGGAUGGUUUGGAGGAUGGCUCUGUUUCAGGGCAACAGAUUGGAACCUUUGAGAAAUAUACCAAGGGUAUUGGUAGGAAGGUGUUGGAGAGGCAGGGCUGGAUGGAGGGACGGGGUCUGGGGAGCAGCAACUCUGGAAUGGCUGAAGCGUUGGACAAUGAGGGUCAGCAUCCCAAGUGCAAGAGAGGAUUGGGGUACCACGGAGAGAAACUGCAGACUUUCAGCAAGCCGAAAAAGCCUCGCCGGGAUGGCCCCAUCCUCAUCUCCACAGUCUACGAUGAGCCCCAGCCUGUAGACCAUGGGGACCAGCUACUCCGGCGCCAGCUGCCCACUGCCAUGAAGUACAGACAGGACGUGGCAUUUGUCCGAGCGACUCAGAGUGCUCACCAGAGCCCCAGUGCCUCAUGAGAGUUGGUGCUGAACGGAGACUUCGGGACUCCUUCACUAGAGCAACAGCAGAACCUUUGUAUGAGAACAGCCUCUUCCACGCUGCUUUUCACCUGGAGCCUGACUUCUCCUGCUGUCUGACCCUAAGCAAAACGUUAACAUAUUUUCUGGAAGAAAUAACAGACUCUUCUGUAGCAUUUGCAAGUCUUCCUGUUUUAACAGUUGCUUUAUUAGGAGGGGGUCCCAGUAUCCCUGCCACCAGCUGAGGUGUUUGGCAGUGGGAAGGUUAACACUAAUACUGUAAGCAAGGCUGUUGUGUGAAGCAGCCAGCGUUUUGUUUAGGCUCCUGCAGUGAGAUGUUUUCAGAUGAACUGUCUGCAAGCAGGAAAAAACCUCACUUUUCUAGGAAACUUACUACUGGUCCAGAGCAUCAUUCAGUCUCUGGUAUUUAUACUGCACUCAGAUGAAAACUUACUGGGGCAAGAUGACCUUUUUGGUGGCCUUCACUGUACUAAGUGCCAAAGAUAAAAUGAAGACUUCUAUAGUAGUAGUGAGACUAGCUGUGCUUCCUCUCUGUACAGCACCUGACACUAAGUGGGUAAAAGCACAGGCUAGGAUGUGCACAUCAAGCUCCCUUCUCCAGUGACUAGCACUUGUGCUCUUUUUACCCACAUGUAUUUAACGACACACUUCUCCACUGAGAGAUGCCCCACCUUCUCCCUCACGGCUUUGCACUGCAGCUAGAAGAGCUAAUUAGCAGCAGUAUCUGCCCUGGAAGGCUGUAGCCUGUGCCUGUUGACAUGGCCAGUUUAUGCCACAGCCAUAGACUGUGGCUAUGUGGUGAGAGGAAUGCAGAGUUGAGGUUUCCGUUCUUCUUUUCCGGUUUUAGGUAAGAUCAGCUCUAUAUUGAGGAAUCUCAUUACUGGCCUCUCCUGCAUUGAACUAACCUACCUGUCACGUCUUAAUUAGUUUAGCACAGGCUAUAACUCUAGUUUCUCUUCCUUCACUCAGACAUGCUUGUUAAAACAACACAUGCUAAACCUUGUACCUUCUUUCCUUGUCUUGACAAUCUGCUUCACCCCUAGACAACCAUGGCUGAGAAGCGGCUUAUGGCUUAUUCUUGUAAACGAGGCUUAGAAACCACCUGCUGGAAAGAGUUUGAUCUAAUUAUCCACUCCCACUAUGGCACUGUUGCCAGCACCCAGUGCUGAGAGGCAAUACAACAGCAGGGUUUGAUUCGCUACCCGGUGUGCUUCACCCAAUAAUCACAACGGGGUGGAGAAGCGGAAAAGUUUAUUUGAAGCUUCAAAAAGACUACAGGGAGAAUAGAAUCUCAAAUCCUGCACACAGAGCAGGAAGUUACACAGGCUUUUAUAAAAUCCUUUCUUCAGCAUACUUAUCCAAUAGCAAGCUGCCCUAAGUAUCCAUAUAGCCAGCCAAUCCAGUUACCUUGUUUUUUGUAUCAUUUGUUAAACUAUACAUAAAGCUGCUUUAUUCAGCAUUUUUCUUCCCUAUCUGCCCUGUUUGGCCUUGUUUAGUUUCAGGCAGUCUGACUCUGCAACAUAUUGUUGCAGAUCCUCAGCAUAACUGCUGUGUGCGCCUCCAGGCGGGGGGGCCAAGGACACUUGGGCCUAGUAUGCAGAGCUGCUGCGAGUGCCUCCAGGCAGGAGGGGGGGCCAAGGACACUUGGGCCUAGUGCAAGGGGGCUUCACCGACACGCGUGGCCUUCCAUACCCUCGAGUUACCUAGUGGCCAUGCCCCAGUGACCCCAACAGCACUAAAACUAGUUUAAGGAUGUAGAGUAACUCCCUUUUCUCACAAACCUCUGAGAGCCUCCUCUGCUAGUAGGCCUGGUCUGUAUCCUCCACAGCCUGGCUCUGGGGAAUCAUCCACUGAGAAUAGAUGGCUAGUUUCACACACAGAAUGAACACACCGAAACUGAUGCCUAUUUAUUUUUAACAAUAGCUCGGCAAAUUCAUUUUGGGCUAUACUAAUCAAGGCCUGACCAAGAAGUUUAACUCUAUUUUCCAGCUUUUUAAAAUCUAUCUGUACAGCACUUACCCCAAUGGGGUCUGGGCCAUGAGUGCUACUCCUAGGCCCGCUCAUACAAAAACUUUAAACAUGUCACACACAACUACUUAUUAGGGGAGGGGCAGAGCUCCUUUCUCAAGUAAAUCUCUAUCAUUAAAGAA